CCUCAACACAAUCUUGUGAAAGAAACACGAAACUGAUGCAUAGCAUAGCUGAAGAACUCGAAGCUCCUAAAGAUGUCGACGCUAUCUUCUCUUGCAAUUCCUUCAACUUCCAAGUUUCGGGUUAAUCCGUUUCGAUGCCAACUCCGUCAUUUCCGUAGAUGCUCGGAAAUUUAUCUUCCGAAUCAAACAUUUUAUACUCGUACCACAUCAAUUAAAGCAUCGGUGGCAGACCAUAAUGAGCCUAAUGAAGUUAAGAUACAAAUCGGGAUCAUGAAGGAGAAACUCAAAGAAGCAUUGCCAAGCCCGGUUCAAGAAUUUCCUUGGAGAAAGGCUCAACAUACACUUCUAGACCGACUACAUCUUCUUGCGCAAGAGGCAUUAAAGUGGUCUUCUGUUGUAUAUUUCAUCUCUAGCUCUUUAUCAGAUGUUAUAUAUACAUUUUCUAUAAAUCGAGAAUUAAUCAUUCCCGUUGGCCUCUUUGUUGGUGUCCUUGUGGCUGAUUUCUUGAAGGAGAUAUCACUAGAAUUGUUUCAUCAAUCCGAGGAGAAUGAUUUGAAAUGGUGUCGUUUGGGCUUGUGUGGUAUUUUCGUGUUGGUCAAGUUUAUGUCGACAUGGUUCGCAACACUACCAGGGGUGUUUCUUUUGCAUGUUGCAAAUGGUGGACUGAUGCAGUUACUUUGGUAUUGGAGAAAUUUUAUGGAAGAUGCAAAAAUCAGACAGAAAAUGAACACUCCUUCCGGUUUGGAGGCAUAGAUGGAUAGUUGAUUUCUACAUUUUUGUCGCACCAAGCUGACAUGAACUUCAUCUUUUGAGCUUGUUUCAUCUGUCCUUCAUUAAGAUCAUACUGCAGCAACCAACCACUUUCAAACAUCUUGUUCAUACGAACUUGUUGUAUUUAUUCCCUUGUUCAAGUGGAUGAAACAAACUCAAUGGAGCAAGUUAUGAGUAUCAUUCAUGUAACCAUAGAUUAGCGGCGGCAUAUGCUGUUUUGUUAGUAUGCAGUGACAUCUAAACAUUCUAGAAAGUGAUGUUUCAUGUUAUUGUUUUUGUGUGCAUUCAAUCGAAAUUCAUUCAAAUAAUAACCCGUCUAACGGGAGAAAUAUAUCUACUUAGAAA